GAAAAAACUAUUGACUAUCAAACGUUUUUACAAGACUAUCAAACAGUAUCAAACGACUAUCAAACGAUUGGACUAAGAAAAAGUUUAAAAAAUAAAAGUUGGCCGGCCAACUUCACGCAGGUCCGUUUUUCACGGUCGCUUCUUCGAAGAAAGGGCCAACUAUCUCGGAUCGAAUUCUCGAAUAGCGGACAUAGGUUACACAACCUUCAGAAAAGUAUUGUGGAAUUAUAUAAAAACUCGUUUUGGCGUAUAACUCUAAUCAUCUAAAAACAAUUAAAAAAGAAACAUGGCAGAACAUUUAAUUCCAUUAGACAUUCUUGAUGAUCUCAGCAGUCGAUUCAUCAUCAAUGUUCCAGAAGAGGAAAGGAAGGACUUAGUACGAAUAUGCUUUCAAAUUGAGCUUGCGCACUGGUUUUAUUUGGACUUUUAUUGUACAGAAGAUAAUCCGAAGUUAAAGUCCUGUGGCAUGAAAGAAUUUGCUACACAUAUAUUUCAACAUAUACCUUUUCUGAAACCACAUGUAGCCCACAUUGAUUCUGUUCUGGAACAGUGGCGUGAAUACAAACAAAAUGUACCAACAUUUGGAGCAAUUGUUUUAAAUGAAGAUUUAACAAAAGUAUUACUUGUGCAAAGUUACUGGGCAAAAAGUAGUUGGGGUUUUCCAAAAGGGAAAGUAAAUGAAGAUGAAGAUCCAUCUCAUUGUGCUGUACGUGAAGUUUUAGAAGAGACUGGUUUUGACAUUUCUAACCUGAUAGAUAAGAAUGAAUAUAUAGAAUCCACAAUAAAUGAUCAGCUAGUAAGGCUCUAUAUUAUAUCUGGUGUACAAAAGGAUACAAAAUUUCAACCAAAAACACGGAAAGAAAUAAAAAAUGUGGAGUGGUUUGCAUUAGCGGAUUUACCAAACAAUAAAAAGGAUAUGACACCUAAAGUAAAAAUGGGAGUUGGACCAAACGCCUUCUUUAUGGUUGUUCCUUUUGUAAAAAGAAUGAAGCGUUGGGUCCAAGAAAGACAAAAUCGGGAACGAAAUAUAGGGACAAACAAGAGACACCGACAUAAGUCUUUGGGUGAUAUGGAAUCCAUAAGUAAGAAUAAAAAGCAGCAACAGUUAAUUUCUCAAUCAGUGCAGAAUGUUAUUUCAGAUAUUAAAAAUUCUCGACCAUCAACUAUUUCACCAAUGUAUAAUCGCAAAACUACACAGGAUGAGAGGAAUACUCCAUCCAAAAACGCAUUCAAGCGCAACCUUUUUGGAGAAUCAGGUGACGAUCAAUCACCCGUAAUUCUUGCUAAACAAUUAAUCAGUAGUCCUCAGAGUGAACACCGUCCCUUCCCGUUAGAUCCUGCUAUUCAUGCUGUUAAAUGUAAUGAAUUUUACCACACCAAUUUCAAUCCACAACUACCCGAGCGAAAUAGCCAUGCUAUUAUUUCUCAAGAAUUUCAUAACAAGCAAAUACCAGAAGGAAACAUUAAGUCAUUGUUAUUUGGCAAUCCAGCUCAGAAUUUGCCAUCAGUGAUUACACCACCUUCGAUUACUAUGGAGUAUGUGUCUUCGCCAUUUAAUAGUAGAGAGCAAACCCUUAUUCAAACACAAUUUUUUGAAUUAUCUGAAGUUUGGACACAUUUUAAAUUUGACAAAAAUGCGAUAUUAAAUUGUCUUUCACCCUAAAAGAAUGUCAAUAUAAUACAUACAAAACGUCGAUCAACUGUAUAUUUUUUCUUGUUUAGUUUCAAUAAAUUUUCACUUUUUUAUUAUA